CUUUGCUGUCCUCCUUCAACGAACCCUAACAUCUUUCUCCCUCUCUCCCUCUCUCCCUCUCUCUCUCUCUCUACAACCUAAGAGAACCAUUUGUUCAUUGGUCCUAACUUUGCCAGGAAAUAUACUCACGGAGAUGGCAUUCGGAUUGAGCACAAUGCUGGCGAAAACAGAGACUCUGUUUGCGUCGGAUCAUGCAUCAGUCGUCUCCAUGAACUUGUUCGUGGCUCUGCUUUGCGCUUGCAUAGUCCUUGGUCACUUGCUCGAGGAGACUCGGUGGAUGAACGAGUCAAUCACUGCCCUUAUCAUUGGUUCAUGUACUGGCAUUGUGAUCUUGCUUAUAAGUGGAGGAAAGAGCUCGAGGAUUCUUGUGUUUAGUGAAGAUCUCUUCUUCAUUUACCUUCUUCCACCGAUUAUAUUCAAUGCAGGGUUUCAGGUUAAGAAGAAGCAAUUUUUCCGCAACUUCAUGACCAUUAUGUUAUUUGGUGCUGUUGGUACUCUUAUUUCAUUUGUUAUCAUAUCAUUAGGUGCUAUACAUUUUUUCGAGAAAAUGAAUAUCGGAGAUCUCACCAUUUCUGAUUACCUAGCCAUUGGAGCAAUAUUCUCUGCUACAGAUUCUGUUUGCACCUUACAGGUGCUUAAUCAAGAAGAGACACCUCUCUUGUACAGUUUAGUCUUUGGAGAAGGUGUAGUGAACGAUGCAACAUCGGUCGUGCUCUUCAACGCAAUACAAAGAUUCGACCUCACACACAUCAAUUCAACCAUAGCUUUGGAGUUUGCCGGAAACUUUUUUUACCUCUUCAUAUUAAGCACAGCACUCGGUGUUGCAGCUGGUUUGCUCAGUGCUUUCAUUAUCAAGACGCUCUAUUUCGGAAGGCACUCUACUGAUCGUGAAGUUGCACUAAUGAUGUUAUUAGCUUACCUAUCAUAUAUGUUGGCAGAGCUAUUCCACUUAAGCUCUAUCUUGACUGUGUUCUUCUGUGGGAUUGUUAUGUCUCACUACACAUGGCACAAUGUUACAGAUAAAUCAAAGGUCACUACAAAACACACUUUUGCUGCGUUGUCAUUUCUAGCUGAGAUCUUUAUAUUCCUUUACGUUGGAAUGGACGCUCUCGACAUCGAAAAAUGGGACGUCGUACGCAACAGUCCUGGGCAAUCGAUUGGGGUGAGUUCGAUACUCCUAGGGCUUAUUCUUCUGGGUCGCGCAGCGUUCGUGUUCCCUCUUUCGUUCUUGUCGAAUUUGACAAAGUCUUCACCUGAUGAGAAAAUCGAUUGGAAGAAACAAGUCACCAUUUGGUGGGCUGGUCUGAUGCGUGGGGCAGUCUCAAUGGCUCUUGCUUAUAACCAGUUCACGACUUCAGGACACACCAAGCUUCUUGGAAACGCUAUCAUGAUCACCAGCACCAUCACUGUUGUUCUUUUCAGCACUGUGGUGUUUGGAUUGCUAACCAAACCACUAGUCAAACAUUUGCAGCCACCAUCAAAAAGGUCUACAACACCGAGGUCUUCUUUGGACGAGCCGCUCAUCAAUAGCGGUGGCAGCUACAUCCAAAACUACGAGCCGUUAAUUAGCAGCCAAGGGCAAUCAGAUUACAGCCUUGAUCAGCCGAUAAGCGUGAGAAUGUUCUGGAACGCUCCAUCCCGAGCCAUUCAUUAUUAUUGGAGGAAGUUCGAUAACGCGGUUAUGCGUCGCAUAUUUGGCGGCCGAGGCGUUUCGCCGAUAGUUCCGGGUUCACCGGUUGAUACUAGUGUUCGGCAGUGGAGUGAAGAAGUAGAAGAAAACAAGGAACAAUACACCGAACCUUAACUGCUGGUGACGUAUGGGUAAGAAGAUCUUUGACUUGUUGAUCGCGUUUUUGGCGUUCUUGGACGCAAACGCAACAUGGACCGGCUCUCUUAGCUUUUUCGCCUUUAGUUUUGCUGUAUUGGCUUUUGCUAUAUGGGCGCAGUUUUGGGUGCGAUUUUUUUUGUCCGGUUUGAUUUUGGGUUUUGUGGUGUGAUUUUUUAGAGCCGGUCCAAUGUAUUGUGGUUUGAGUUUUGGGUUCUUGGAUCAGAAGGUGUUUUGUUGUAAAAUUGUGAUUCUUCAUGUAAAUAAGCACUGAUGUAGGCGUGACUUGUGACAGUGAACUGUGAGAUAAACAAGAAAAGAUCAAUGGAGGAUUAUCAACAGUCCCG